UUCCCGUAAAUACAGAGGGGCGUGGUAAAGUUAUAGUGUCUCUUGUAAGAGUUUAUAACCUCUCAAUUAUUUCCAGACUUCAGAGUAUACUUGUAUGAGUAAGGACGACAAAGUUCACUGAAUAGCGUUUUCGUAAGUUAUAGGUCGAUUUGAAAAUAAAGCGAAGGGAUUUAUUCUUCCUUAUUCCCCCUUAAAGUCGUACUCGUUUGGACUCUACCAAUUUACGGCAAUAAGGUGGGCUCAGUGGGCUUACCCACAGUUUGAAUUAAAACACAAGACUCAACUCGAAAGUAAUUCCGCAAGUGUUGAAGGUUAUAGCCGCAACUGGAUUCAAUUUUCUUUUCACUGAAUCUGAAAGGAUGUAUCCAAACUUUGAGACUCAAGGAAGAGGUAACCCACCUUACACAACAGGCAACAUCUCCGGGACAAAUUCAGUAUCCAUGGGAAGGACCAGCACUUCAACUUCACAACAGGAGCAGAAAUUUACAAUGCCAGGCAGCAGUCAGUUUGUUCCCAGCCUCAAUGCCAUUACAACCAACCAGGACCUCCAGUGGUUAGUCCAGCCAUCCCUCAUGCAUCCUCCGGGCCCUUCUCGAUCACCAGUUCCUCCAUACCCAGUCCUCCCAGGAUCACGGUCACUGGGUCAACCACCUUCCCAGCCCCAUCACCUCAGACCGGGGGUUAUAAGAGCAGCUGCAAAUGUUACACCUUCCACAAGGCGCAGGAAUGAUGAACAAUUAUCACACGAAGAGCUGGAAAGACGCAAAAUAAGAAGAGAGCGGAAUAAAUUGGCCGCAGCAAAAUGUCGCAAUCGUCGACGAGAGUUGACAGACUCAUUGCAAAACGAGACUGACCAGCUGGAGGACGAAAAAACACGUUUACAUAAAGAAAUAGCUGCCUUGCAAAAGGAGAAAGAAAAGCUCGAGUUGGUCCUGGAAGCUCACCGCCCGAUCUGUAAAAUAGAUGACUCCGAUUCAGAUUCUGACCCAACUCCAUCACUUUCCUCUUUGGCGGGCAUCAAAUUGGAACCAGAAGAACCCAGCCGUCCUGGACCCUCAACCAAACUACCUGUAAAGAUGGAGAAGCCCAAACCGAAGAUAACUAUCCCCACCAAACCUGCAGCAUCAACUGCCUCUGCUGUUGCCAGUGAAUCCGAGUCGCUUCACACACCUAUUCUCACUUCUACUCCCUCCCUCCUGUCCUUCGCAGCUGGUAUGGUUUUCACAUAUCCAUCUGCCCCUUCAGACAACAGCAUCUCCAUCACGUCUCACGGAACAUCAGAUAAGGGGAGCGCCCAGCAGCACGCGGAGGCCCCGCAGUCUUGUGGAAUCGCCCAUCGCCGCAGCAGCAGCAGUGGUGACCAAUCGGAUCACUCCCUGCACUCACCAACAAUCCUCACACUGUGAUUCACACACACAUUGGAAAACACUAAAGUCAUUUUCUGCGCCUCCAUGAUGCGUGUGAGAAAACAGGACCUUGCGGGAAACAUAAUAGAAAUGAAAAUGAUUGCGAUGAGCAUUUUAAGAUGACCAGCUGUUUCAUCUUUAUCUCUGGAGACAGUUGAUU